AUGAAAGCAUUGCUCAUCCUUGAUAAUGCUCCAGCCCACACCCACCUGGUCUUGAAGAUGAUAUUCUGGAGGAGUUCCAGUUUAUCAAAGUUCUCUACCUCGCACCCAAUCGGCUGUAGGACUUCAGUCCUACAGCCGAUGGAUCAGCAGGUCAUUUCCAACUUCAAAAAGCUGUACACGAAGCACUUGUUCCGCCGCUGCUUUGAAGUGACGGAAAACACAAAUCUAACCCUUCGAGAGUUUUGGAAAGAUCACUACAACAUCGUGAUCUGUCUACAAAGAGAUUUCGAAGGGUUUGAGCCCGAGACCGAGCAAGAAGAGUUGGAGGAGAUUGUAUCUCUCGGAAAGUCGAUGGGUCUGGAGGUAGAUGAGGGUGACGUCAACAAACUCGUCGAAGAACAUGAGGAGGAACUCUCAACUGAGGAGUUGAAGGAGCUGCAGAUGAUGCAACACACGAAGGUUCUGGAAGAGAUUAACACGAGUGAGGAGGAGGAAGAGCCGGAGGAAGUGAUUUCUACAGGAUUAAGCGUAGGGGUAGGCGUGGUUUGGUUUGUAUCAGUGAUUUCUGAAGAAUAUGGGAUGGCAUCUGGACAAAGGACAAGCUGGUCUGACAUGUAUGCAUACCGAUAUGGUUGGUCUGUGAUGACAGCUGGUGUAGGAGGAGUAGCAGCGUUCCUUGCUGCUUUGCUAACAGGCCACUCUCACCUUGCUCGACAUGCUCUAGUCACUGUUCUGAGAGCGAGAUCAAGCAGCACUGACGAAAGCUUAGCAAGACCACUGCUAAGAUGUCGAAGUGAAGGUUGCCUAGGCCAGAGAUCCUUUACAUCUGACACAAUAAGGACUUAUUUAACUUGUGAUUCUAGACGCCAUCCACAAAGAGGUUGUCCUCCAUUACCUCUGCCUCAAAGUCCUUCCAUAGUAGACCUCACCAAACCGACAGAAGAACUUACUUGCCUGCAGGAAGAUCCCAGUCAAACUCAUGGAGAUCCCCAUUUAGAAACUGCAACGUCACGAAGGUCUUCAAGGAUCACUAUUGUAGGAGAAGAUGCAAGAGAAUUUAACUCUCCUCACCCACAGCAGCAUCAGCACCAGCAUCAACAACAGCAACAACAACUACAGCAGCAACCAGAACAGCAGCAGCAUCAACAACAACAGCAACAGUCAGUGCAGCAGUCACAACAACAUUCACACAACAAGAUUCAGCAGUCGACGCUGAACAGGAGUUGGUCAGCAGAAACAUCACGGGUGAUCAUUGAGGCCCAAAGAGGAACCACCACCAAAGUAGUCCCUCCUCCACCUGUAUCCCAGGCCUUCUCUCCUUUAACUCCCGUUCCCCCACCUCCACCAUUGAGCUCUUCAUCCUCCUCCCCUUCACCUCUAGAGGCCCAGCUUCCUAUGCCAACAACAACAAAAACAGAAAUAUCAAGGCGAUUCAGUAGUGGAGGAGGAAUCCGAACAACAUGUGAACCACUACGGUUGUCAGAAUACAACUCCUUCACAAUGAGUGACUACAGUCGUACUCUACCAUCAGGAGGUCGGCAAAUGGCUGUAUUUGACAGAAGAUCGAUGCACCAUUCAGCUACACUCAGUCGAUCCUCCACAAAGAUUUCAUCUGAAGUUUGAAAGCAUUACUGAAAUGAAGUCUCAGAUAUGCAUGUUUGUCGUUUCGUUCCUUACUGUUUCUUGAUAUGCAUAUUUUAUUCCAAAGCUUGAUUUAUGCCUUAGUAAUAAAUUGAAAUAUACCGGAAAUGAUAAAUUAUGAUAGAAAGGAAAAGGUUUCAGUUAAGAUAUUUCAAAAAUAAUUUCUAAAAAAAGGACAUAAUUGCCUUUAUGCUUAUAUAGGACACAGAAUCAUUUUCAUCUCUGCCUAACCUAGGUAAAAGAAAGAAAGAGCCUCAUGCCCGUUAAUGCCCGUUAAGUCCCGUUGCAUGAAAGACUGCAUUACUGUUCACUUUCCUGUAAAUUGGUAAACAUUCAAGGACAUUUAUUUAACCUCUCCAUUUGUUUCUAAUCACUGUCAUUUUAUAAUCAGUACAUCGUAACGUUUGUCACAUUAAUUUUGCUAUUCUAUGUAAAAUAAAAGAAAAUCCAGCAAUCUUCUCAGGAGGGCAUUUUGAGACAUUUUAGUAUCUUUGAAAUUAAUAGAAUAUUGCUCUCGAUUUUUCACGAUAAAGUUGGAGUUCCAAAUCUAAUUCUAAUGUGAAAGCUUUUUCAUAUGAUCUAGUUUUUCUAUACUUUAUGUGACCGUAAUUGUACUAGCUUUAAAUAUACAGUUGCUGUCUGUAAGAAACUGGAGUCCAGUCAUGUUAGCUUUAGGAGAAUAAUGCUUUUAUACAUGAAUGCUAUGUAUACAUAUCAUGUGUUAAUAUUAAUACUUUUGUAGAUAAAUGGCUUUUCCUAUUAUUAAUGUGGUAAUUAACAAAAAUAAAAUGAU